AGCUGAGAGGCCGCAGGGCUCCAGGGGUCCUGCCGGCUGCUCAGGCCACUCACUGACCCCCCCGUGGUGUUCCAGGUGCUGCUGACAUUCCCAAGCACCCCCUGCAAUGGCCUCAGGGAACGAUGGUGACCCACCACGGGCCCAGGGACGCCGGGGCAGCGACGGGCGCAGGUUGUCCCAGGAGCUCAACCCAGAAGCCCGAGUGGCAGCGGAGGCAGAGGAGGUGUUUCGGAGCUAUGCCUUCUACCGCUACCGGCAGGAGAGGGAGGAGAGAGGGGCGGAGGUGCCCCCAGACCCAGAGAUCGAGCAAAUCCAGCAGGACGUGGAGAGCACCGGGAGCCAGGUGGGGCAGCGCUUGGCCAUCAUCGGGGACGACAUUUACAGGCGCUACGACGCCGAGUUCCGCACCAUGCUGGACACCCUGCAGCCCACGGCGGCCAACGCCUACGAGCACUUCACCAAGAUCGCCUCCAGCUUCACCCACUGUCCCUGGGCCGAGCUCCCAGUGGCUGCACUGGACCUGGACAAUGUUUACAUGAAGUACAUGCUGGUGGUGACCCUCAUCGUGGUGGGGCACUUGGUGGUACGACGCUUCUUCAGGCUCUGAGGGGGGCAGGGCUGGGGGGUCUGGCCCAGAGCUCUCUCCGUUCUCUGCUCUGUCUCCCAGGAGAGGGGGAUUCCAGGAGCCCCCGAGAGAGAGCUGGAGAGAGGUGGUUGGACCCCCUCCCACCACAGGGCCCGGGGUCUCUGCAUCCCCAGGAGCCACGGAGGGAAGUAGGGGAUGGGGGGGCUCCUCUUUGUUGUCUUUUUGGUGCCUCAACAAGCUGCUGAGGAUGGGGCCCAACUGUGCUGGGGCAUUGCUGGGACCCCCACGUCCUCAGGAGGAGCAGAGGUGUGAUGGCAAUGCCUCUAUGUGUGUGUGUGUGUGUGUAUGUAGGGUCUCGUGCACCCCUGGGGCAGGUGCAGAGCCCCCCAUUGCUGACAGCCCCAGCCCAGACCCCCUCUGUGUCUGAGCCCUGGCUGCUACAGUUGGUCUGUAAGCCCAUGUGGGGCUGCUUCACAUCCCCUCUGCUCCUGAGCCCGGGACUUGAGCCUUUUCCAUCUUUAUAACAGACAGCCCGACCCCUUUCUAUAGGAACACUCCUCCUGCCCCUCCUCUGGCAGGAGUUCCCUGCCCCAGCCCGGGCCUGGGGCCCUGCAGCUCCCCAGGGCUCAGAGGGUGCAGGGCUGGGGUGCAGCCUCACAGCCCCCCCAAACUCAGGGGCUCUGUGCUGGCUCCCCUGGGAAGCACCAGCAGGUUCCCAAACACUAAAAGCCUGUGGGUGCUCUCUGGUGGGGACAGGGGGGGUUUCCUGCCCACCCACCAGUUCUGCUGGGGGUCACUCAGCGGGUGCUGGCACAGGAGCAGCCCAGCUGUGACCAGUUGUCCUCCCUGGCUGUCAGUGGGGGGCACUGGGGCUGCAUCCCACCCCUGGCUGCCCCAGGGCAGGGCAGUGACUUGACCUUGUUCCAUUCCUGGUGAUGCUUGAGUGGGAUUUUUGGGGGAGGGAGGGAAGCUCCACUCUCCCAUCCCCAAAGCUCCCUGACUUUUGCAGAACAGGGAGUUUAAGCUGGUUACUCCACGAGCUCAGGGGCAGGAACCUCCCUGCUGUCCCUGGCAGCUCCCUC